CUCAUUCCUCCAGUCACGCUGCAACUGCGACUCACUCAACUCCAUCACAUCCUCGGAGUCAGUCUUUGUGUUUUUUUUAUUUUUUUUUUAAAGGAGCACUGCGGUUUAUUCACCCCAUCCUGAAACAAUACGCAGCAUCGUUUCGAAAACCCCCGAAGCUCUCGGACAUCAUCUUUUUUUUUUUUAAGUUUUAAUUUUAUUGUUAUUGUUGUUGGGUCUCUUCAUAUUCAAUGGGUCCGUGUGUAGUGCUGCUCUGCUCUCUGUUCGGAGUUCUCCUUGGCCAAGGAGCAGAGCAGAUCUCAAUAGAGGACUGCUGUAAAGACGGCCAGAAGCAUGGCACUGAUAACAAAGACUGUGCUUCUCUCCCUCUCAUCUCUGAGUCAACCACAUGCAGGAUAGUACAGGAGCAAUGCUGUGUAACAGUGCUUGAGGAUGUCAAGUGCACCACUGGUAUCAACAUGGCCAAAGACCAAGGAGCCUGUGAUACUUUAUUCACCAACACCUGUGAGACCACAAAGACUACAAAGAUGUGCUGUGACUGUUGCCUUCUGGGGAAGGCGGCUCAGGAGAACGGCCUACCUUGUGACCACAACCUGUCCGUGGGCUACCAGUGUGGUCUGGUGUCCCGGGCGUGCUGCGUGGAUGGAGCCGCAGACAACCAGACAACACCCACAGCAGAAACUAAAAUACCGAAUACAGAUGAAACCAACGGAAAUGGAGAUAAUUCAGUAUUAAGUGAUCUGUGCCACGGGAAAUGCGCUCAACGCUGUGUGGGCAAUGACACCUGUGCCUGUUUCACAGGCUACAAACUCAAACCAGAUGGAAAGAGCUGUGAUGAUAUCAACGAGUGUUUGCUGGGAGCCAGCAACUGUCGGGGAGGAGAGCGUUGUAUCAACACAGAGGGCUCAUUCCGUUGCCAGAGAGAGGUCAGCUGUGGGACCGGCUAUGAACUCACCGACACCAACAAUUGCAAAGAUAUUGACGAGUGUGAAACUGGUAUCCACAACUGUGGCCAAGAGUUUGAGUGCCAGAACACCCAGGGGUCAUUCCGUUGUGUUCCUAAAGUCAAAUGUGGUGUCGGCUUUAUCCAGGAUGCCCUCGGCAGCUGCAUUGAUAUCAAUGAAUGCGUUAGCCAGACAGGCCCAUGCCACAGAGGUCAGGUCUGUAUCAACACGGUUGGCUCCUACAUCUGCCAGAGGAACUCUGUCAACUGUGGUCGAGGAUAUCACCUCAAUGACGACGGCACACGCUGUCUUGAUAUCGACGAGUGUAAGGGCCCUGAAAAGGUCUGCGGGGGUCACGGUUGUAUUAACCUGCUGGGCUCCUAUCGCUGCGAGUGUGAGGCUGGCUACAUCUUCAACAGCAUCACUCGAGUUUGUGAGGAUAUUAAUGAAUGCAGGCACUACCCUGGCCGCCUGUGUGCUCAUAAGUGUGAGAACACUCUUGGAUCCUACAAGUGUAGCUGCACCACCGGCUUCAAGCUUGCUGGCGAUGGCAGGAAUUGUGACGAUUUGAACGAGUGCGACAGCAACCCGUGCAGUCAAGAGUGUGCCAACGUGUACGGCUCCUACCAGUGCUACUGUCGCCGUGGCUACCAGCUCAGUGACAUGGAUGGCCUGACUUGUGAAGAUAUAGACGAGUGUGCCCUGCCUACUGGAGGUCAUAUUUGUGCCUAUCGCUGUCACAACACCCCCGGCAGCUUCCACUGUUCCUGUCCCAUCAACGGCUACACCUUGGCACCCAACGCUCGCAGCUGCCAGGAUGUUGACGAAUGUGUGACGGGAACGCACACGUGCACGGAGAAUCAGAGCUGCUUCAAUAUACAGGGAGGAUUCAGGUGCCUGUCCUUCGACUGUCCAACCAACUACAGGCGCGUUGGAGAGACUCGAUGCGAACGCUUGCUUUGCAAUGAGUCUGUCGAGUGCCUGGCCAUGCCCCUGAGAAUAACCAACUACUACCUCACCUUCCCCACCAACAUCCCUGUCUUCACCAACAUCUUCCGCAUGGGCCCCUCGAGCAUCAUGGUCAGCGAUGACAUCCAGGUUGCUAUCACCGCUGGCAACGAAGGCGGUUUCUUCAAGACGGAGCGCGUGCCCACUGGCGGGGUGAUGUCGGUGGCAAAGCUCAUCAACAAGCCACAGGACUUUGAGCUGUCUUUGGAGCUAAGGCUGCGUCGCUAUGGCACGCUCAGCACAUACCUGGCUAAAGUUCAGGUGUUUGUUACCCAGGAUGAGCCCAGAGUACCUUACAAUACCCUGCUAGAAUAGACACAGUUAUGUAGGGUGACAUCAGUUACUGCACUCUUUAAAAAAAUGAUGUGUCAUUUUAAAUCCUCUUUUAAAUCGUCCAUCCUGAACACAAAACGCAUAAAGAUGAUACAAUAUGUUCAGAGCAAUGUAGACUACUAUAUGUUGUAACAUACAAAUGACUGCAGCACAUACUGAAUAGAUAUAUGCAAAUGAAUAUAAAUAUAAAUUAUGAUUCCCACUUAAUGAAGACCAGUUUUCAUCUUUAUAACCAAAGAUCAUUUAUGUUUAUUUCAAACAUAGAUUUAUGUUAUAAAGUUUGGGCUCGCGUGGGUAAACUGUAACGAGCCCUUCCUAUCCGUGCCUCUCUUCAUUAAAUUUAUAAAAAAAUAUCUAAUAAACACAUUUAAGUUGAUAAUGUGACUGAGCGGUGCAUAUCUUAAAGGAAUAGUUCGAUAUUUUGGAAAAUAGAGGAUAGUAAUCGAGCAUCUUAACUUAGUAUAAAAACAAGGGGGCCGGGGGAAAAGGUAACAAACUCCACCUACCAGCACCUCUUAAUCUUACUGAUUAACAUUUUAAUUAUUCCUUUAAACAACAUUUUAAUUAAUCUAAUUACUGCAAACUAACUGACACAGUAAGGCUGCUGGUGGUCAGCCUUGUCUUUCAUUUUUGUCUGACACUAAACACGUGCUGAUGGCACAUCAUUUUUUUAAGAGUUGACAUGACAAAACAAUACAUAUCAAAGAAGCACAUUUUUAAUACUUUACGUUACAUAAUCAACUUUCUAGCAUUAAAGCUUAAGGGUCAUUAUUCAGCCUUAUAAAUGAUGUCCAGUUGAAUGUAACUUCUUGGAGGUAAGGCAUUAUGAUUGCCGCUAGGUGGCGUUCUAGGUUAGGGUAUAUGAUAAAAUAGUAACAACCCAAGUCUGCCUACAAUUGAGUGUAAUUUGAUGAUGGUUGCAUGAUAAAAUCUGAAGUUUUGCAGUAUUUUAUGGUUUAUGUGUUGGAUGAACAGUUUUCUAUUAAAAUUGAAAUAGAAAUAACA